AGGCGGCUCCGCGGGGCCCCUGGAAGGAAACGACGGGAGAGACCGCGCUCACUCCUUUCGGCGGUUCACGGCAGAAACUGGACUUUGGGGAUAGGUGCCCUGGGGAGUCCCGUUCUUUAGCCCCGAGUUCAGCAGCUCAGAAAUGACAGCUCCAUCAAUGAAGGAAAGGAAGGCUUGCUGGGGAGCUCGGGAUGAGUAUUGGAAGUGCUUAGAUGAUAAUAUGGAAGAGGCAUCGAAGUGUGAGAAACUUAGGUGCUCUUUUGAAAAUGUGUGUCCACAACAGUGGGUUAAAUAUUUUGAUAGAAGAAGAGAUUAUCUAAAAUAUAAAGCAAAGUUGGAAGCAGGAGAAUUUCAGCCUUCAGAGACAACUGAGAAGUCAUAGCUACUCAUCAGCUUUUCAAAAUACAGCCACGACAAAGGAGCUUGCAGAAGAAGAGCACUUGAGUGAUACUUAAAAGUGUCAGUAAAGGACAGUGAUGGCCUAUAAAUAAUUUCAAAAGCUAUACUUGUUUAUCUGGCAUCGGUGUGAAGGCUCCUAGCCCGCAUGUACCUUGGAAGUGCGCAGUGAAGAGAAGAGGCCUCCCAACCACACCUCAUUGAAGUUGCUACUACCAAUAAAGGGUGAAUUGGUGCACUGUAUCUACUCAAAUGUUACAUUGUGAGUUCAUUACCAGUUUCUUCUUUCAAGCAGUUUCCUUUGUAUUAAUAGAACACUUACAUCCAUUUUGAUAGUCGAUCUUUACAAGUGAAUAAAUAAAAUUAGCCAAAUGCUAGUUAUUGUGCAGUCA